AUGAAUUUCCGCGGCUUACAUGCAUUCGACCGGGCUAACGCCCGACAGGCAUUCAGGACGUGGUGGAAAUUGAGGCACAUCCCUGGGCCUCUCUGUGCUAAAUUUACCAAUCUACAGCGAUUGUUAUGGGUUAAGACAGGAAGGGCUCACCUGAUCCACGAAGAGGUUCACCGGAAAUAUGGCGAAGUAGUUCGAAUUGGUCCAAAUAUGAUAUCUAUCAGCAACCCCGAGGCCAUCCCGACCAUAUAUCCAAUGAGACCAGGGUUUCCAAAGGGCGAUUUCUAUGCUACACUGAGGCCUUACACGCGUGACAGCGGUUCGCUGAUGGGCGUCUUCAAUACGCAGGAUGAGCAGAUACACAAACUAAUCAAGAAUCCCAUCGCGCCUCUGUUCUCUCUAUCUAACGUGGUUUCAUUCGAAGGUCUCGUCGAGGAAGUGCUGGAAUGCCUAGAAAAGCAAUUAGACAAGCGUUUUUCAGAGACGGGAGCCACUUUUAACUUUGGGGACUGGCUCCAGUACUUUGCGUUCGAUGUCAUGGGGACCUUGUCCUUCUCCAAGAGGUACGGUUUCCUUGACGAAGGCCGUGAUGUUGGGGGCAUGUUGGCAACUAUCUUCGAUUUUAUGAAGGCCCACUCCGCUUUGACGCAGAUGACAUGGCUGGAUCCAAUUAUCAACAAGAAUAGGAUCGUCCACGGGCUCUUCCAGACACCCGGCAUGUCUAUUCUCCAGUUCGUUGGUAAAGCUAUCCAAGAACGGCUACAGACUAUCGAGAAGAAACAAGACAUGGAGGCUCACAUGAAACGUGAACACCCGUUUAGCGACUUUUUGUCCUACUACCUCGAAAUCCAGCAGUCUAAUGACAAAAUUCCCUCCUGGGCACCGACGGCAUGGGUAUUUUCAAACGUCAUUGCAGGUUCCGACUCAGCAGAUAAUCUACUUACUCACCCCGAAACACUUGAGAAGCUUCGCCAAGAGCUGCUUGGAGCAAACUUGCCCAGGCGAUAUCCUAAGUGGGGUGACGUAUAUGGCUUGGCUUAUCUGGAUGCAUGCAUUCAGGAAGGCGUCCGGCUACACCCCCCUUUCGCGCUUCCGUUUGAGCGUGUUGUACCCGCUGAAGGGGUGACAGUUCUGGGAAAGUAUCUGCCUGGUGGCACCCUCGUGGGCGGCAACCCUUACGUGGUCAAUCGGCAUCGAGAGACAUUUGGGGAUAAUCCUAAUUCGUGGGACCCCGAGAGGUGGUUGGUCGGCGGUGAAAAGCAUAAGAAACAACUCGAGCACAGCGUGCUUACGUUCGGAGCUGGAAGGCGAGUGUGUCUCGGCAAGCACAUCGGAAUGCUAGAGUUGAAGAAACUCGUACCGUUCCUUGUCUUAAACUACGAUAUGCAAGUUGUCGAUCCAGAAAGGUUUACUGUAGAGAACGCUUGGUUCUUCAAGCAGAGAGGUUUCUAUGCUAAGCUGAAGAAGCAACCAUGA